UCGCUCGUCGGCGCCAUGGCCUUCUUCGCCGUCAAGAAGAUGACCAUGGAAGGGGCGAAGACGAGGCCCUCGGCGACAUUGAUGGAGGACCAUACUUCUACUUCCAGUGCCUACCCUUCCAAGCUGUUCGCCGAUGCACGUUACAUAUCACAGACAGUGAAGCUAGGAGCUUUGGGGAUCCCACCAUAUAGAUCAUUUUCUCUGGUCGAGCUCGAGGCCGCGACGAACAACUUCGCAAACUCUUGCCUGCUUGGGCAAGAUUCUUAUGGCGAGAUGUAUCUGGGGAAGCUAAGCAAUGGUGCCUCGGUGACAAUCAGGAGCCUCAAGGUUAAGAGGAACCAGAGCUCCCAAAGCUUCAACCGCCACAUCGAAACGAUAUCUAGGCUCAGGCAUCGGCACUUGGUCAGUGCUCUAGGGCACUGCUUUGAAUACGAUCUCGACGAAUCCACCGUGACCCAACUCUACCUCGUGUUCGAGUACGUGCAAAACGGGAACUUGAGGAGCAGGAUUUCGCAAGGAACUGAAGGACGGAAGCUUACCUGGGGGCAGAGGAUAUCAGCCGCCAUCGGCGUUGCCAAGGGCAUACAGUUCUUGCAUGGAGGGAUCAUACCUGGUCUGUUUGGGAAUAAUCUGAGGAUCAGCAACAUUCUUCUAGACCAAAACCAUGUCGCCAAAAUCGGCAGCUACAACAUUCCGAUCCUAGGAGAGGCUGCAAAACCUGAGGGAGGGGCUGGAAGCAGGCACCAAACUGACAGCACGAUGCUCGGCGACAAGAUUGACAUAUUUGAUUUCGGGGUGAUCCUGCUUGAGCUUGUGUCUGGAAAGCCCAUCACAUCCAUAUAUGAGGUGGAAAUAAUGAAGGAACUGCUGCUAUGGGCAAUGGCCGAGGAGGACAGGGCCAGGAGGAGGAGCUUCGUGGACCCGGCGGUGAGCAAGAGCUGUUCAGAGGAAUCACUGAGGACAGUCAUGGAGAUCUGCCUGAGGUGCCUGGCCAAGGAGGCGGUGCACCGGCCGUCGGUCGAGGACGUGCUCUGGAACCUCCAGUUCGCCACCCAGGUGCAGGACGACUGGGAGGGGGAGAUCCGGAGCGGCGACGGGUCCCCGGUGUCGUCGUCCCGGACCGCCAGGUCCUCCAGAUUCAGCAGAUAGAUGAUAAUAAACCAGCUGUUUCUCCCGUCCAAGUCAUCCAGCUCCCAGGAGGAUGGAUGAACAUGCAGCUGCCGGUGAUGAGUUGUCCUCCAGGAUGUGCAGAAAAGCAGGCUCCCAACUACUAGGGUUGUAUUUCUUCUGUCAGUGUAGAGCUUUCUUUUUCCUUUCAAUUCCUCUGUUGUUUCUCUACCUGAAGCCUUCAUCUCGGGAGCAAAUAUUCCUAUGUUUUUUCUCUAUGCUAGCAAUAAUAAUGUUGGGCAAGCAUCGUUCCUGCUUCUACCAAAACUAGCACAAAUACCAUUUGUAGAACACACCAAGUGUUUAAAGACUCGCAAGCAGCACCAACUUCUUAGCUAUAACAUAAAAUCUUUACAAUGGCUAUAACAUGCCUUAGUUCACCAAACAGGUCACAAGCACCGAAAAAACAAGAGGAGAUCAAGCACAGGGACACAACGGCCAUGGGGUUUUUCAAUGUUUUAAUUCGGUGGUACAGAC